GCUGCUUUUAUUAUCAGUGAAAAUUUCCAUAUUAGUAUCGUUUCGAUAAUCGUGAAAUUAUUGACAAUUGUGAACUCUCUCUCUCUCUCUCUCUCUUUCUCUCUUUAAACUGAAUCUUUUGUAUCAAAUAUCAGAUUAGUGAAUCGCGAAUCAAUUUCGCGAUAAAUCAUCGACAAAUUGCACAAAAUUUAUUAUGAACAUUGGAAACGAUUAAAAUCGGAGAAAUAAUUUUCUAAAUUGCAAGAUGAACGAUCUAAGACUAACAACCGAUUCCGUGAUCGCGCAUGUUGGUAUCACGUUUCUAAAUGCCAUAUUACAUUACGCGCUUUACAGAGCUGUCAUUGCCACGAUCAUACUGAUCAAAGAAACGAUACUUUGGUUGUUCCGGAAGGUGAUGAAAUUUCGUAGUACUAGCACCGACGAAUCGACCCAGUCCCCAUUGCCAUGUAACGUUUAGUCGCUGUUUCUUCGCGGAGAAAUUCCUGGUAAGAAAAAUACACACAAAGAAAUCCAUUGCCUUCCACAAAAAUGAAAAUUAGCAAAGUAUAACGUAAUUGGAAAUCUUUUGUAAUAGGUUUGCUGAAUUAUGAAUGUUUCUUCACAAAAGAAUAUUAACCUCGGCAAAUUGUUAAACUUAAACUUAAAAAUUAAAAUUAUUUCACUUUUUUAAAUUUUUGGCGAACUUCAUUUUACGUAAUGAAGAAACAUUAAGUUGAUAUAUUUAAACAAAUGCCCAUUCGACAGAGACCCAUGUAAAUUCUGGUUGUUUGUUCCAACUUGCGAGUAAAUUACUGGUACACAUGAUGAACGCGUUGGAAAAUUUCGUCACGAUCACUCAUCGUGAUUUUAAUUGGCCAUACCCUGUACCGCUGAUUGCAAAACCGGGACAACCACCGAGACACACGGGAACUCGAUUGUACACCCCUAGAAUCGACCCUGAGGACUGUCCGUGUGACGAACAUGGCCAACAAAGUAAUAAAAAUAGGUACAAAUAUUUGGCUGAUAAGGAACGACACUUUCUGGAUCAACUGACGAAAGUGAAUCGUGAAAUGACAAAUCUUACGAAGGUUAUGCUAGACGCUAAAUGCGAGCCAAUCGACGAGACGAUGAAGAGUAUUUAUAAAGCGGAUUACGCGAAGAGAGGAUUGCCUAUCAAAGAGUACAGACAGCUACAAGCUGCGGUUGACUCGCUGUACUGUUCACCUUUUCCGGCGGAAGUUACGGAAAUAAAGGAGGGAUACAGAGAUCCAACGAGAUUUCGAUACACAGCCAUCGAGAGACCGUAUAUUCAGCCAGCCAAAACGAUCAAUUUGUUCCAAGUUCCAGAAUCUUUCUCUAUGUGGGAAACACCUUUUACCGGCCGUUCAGAGUAUAUGGACACUAUUAGUAAAAUGGGUCUAAGUAACAUGAAAAAUCGUCAACAAUAUCUGGAACCGUUACCCUCGUCGAGAAGAAGAUUUGGGGACUGUAAAUUAUAAAUUCGAUUCAUCAAAAAUUCCUUUCAUUGACCAAACUAUUGAU